AAACGGCUGGUUCAAAGCACAAAUUCUUAUUUUAUGGAUGUAAAAUGUCCAGGUUGCUACAAGAUUACCACGGUUUUCAGCUGUGCUCAGACAGUGGUGCUUUACGUAGGUUGUUCAACAGUGUUGCGCCGGCCAACAGGAGGAAAGGCCAGAUCCACAGAAGGGUGUUUGUUUAGAAGAAAGCAACACUAA